AUGGUCGAGUCAUCUUCCUGGACACAAUUGAGCCAAAGAACCGGCACUCCCCGCACGACUUACAACGACCUCAUGCAAUCAGACCUCGACAGCCUAUUACAUCAAGCGAAGCAGCGGCCACGGAUAGCCAAUAAAUGA